GCCACCAUGGCUGUAUAGCGGCGGCCAGCGGCAUCCCCUCCCCAGGCCAGGUCGAGGCAGCAGCACCCAGCAACGCUGGCAGCCCCAGGCAUCGGCAUCAACAUGGCGCUCCUCAAGGAAACCCACAGCAGCAUUGCUGUAUACGAGAAAGAAAGCUCCAAAACCAGCUUCUACGUGAAAGCCCUGAUAUUUGUAAAAGAUGAGCCUGUUCAGCGACGACCUGCUGUUGGGGGACAUGUCCCCCUUCAACCAGUCGUUUUUGGAGGCUGAGGAAAGUUUGGGUCUCUUGGAUGACUGCAUCGAGGUGUCCGGGUACCUCCCAUUGCAUGGGUUCUCCAGCGAAAAGGCUAAGAAUGGCGUUUCCAAACUGCUGCCUCUGGCUGAACCCUUUGGCAGUUUCCGUGGGGACGCCUUCUCCGGCAUGGAUUGGAUGGUGGAAAAGAUGGACCUGAAGGAGUUUGAUUUUGAUUCCCUGCUUGGGAUGGAAGAUCUAGAAGCCACCAUCUCACCAGAAGAGCUAUUGGCCACGUUGGAAGACUCUUGUGAUUUCUUAGAGGACCCACCUCUCCCAUCGGUGUUUGGCCACUAUGUGCCAUCACCUGCCACAGACUUUCUCCCAGAAAGUCCAUCUGGGGCUGAUCAAGUGGCUCCAGUGAGUCCCAGUGUAGAGUCCAUUAUCUCUAGCCCUGACCAUUCCUUUAUCUUGGAUGUAGGAAGUGAGGUAGAUGUUGCUGAGGAAGAUAAGAAAUCAGUAAUUUACACUCUUGCAGUUCCAAAAUGUGUGAAGGAAGAUUCCUCAGAUAAUGACAGUGAGAUUUGUAUGAGCCCAUCAUAUCUGGGGUCUACCCAGCAAAGUCCCGCAUUUACUGUAGAGUAUCCUAGUAGUGCCCAGUCCUCUCCCGCAUCCCCUAAUUCUGAGAGACCCAAACCUUAUGACCUUCCCUCUAAGUCUAAAGAAGUGUUGGCAAAAGUAAAAUCUGUAGGGCAGCCAAGAGUAGACAAGAAGAAGAAGAAAAUGGAGCAGAACAAAACAGCAGCCACUCGCUACCGGCAGAAGAAGAAAGCUGAACAAGACAUAAUAUCUGGAGAGUGCCGUGCACUCGAACAGAAGAAUGAUUCCCUUAAAGAGAAGGCAGACUCCCUAGCAAAAGAGAUCCAGUAUUUAAAAGACCUAUUAGAAGAAGUUCGCAAGGCCAAAAGCAAACGAGCAAAAAGUUCUUGAGCCAGGAGAAAGUUGGAGCGUUGUGUAUGUUAUAAAUAUAUGUUACAGUUACAUGGUUGUAAGAAAAGUAAUGUCUACUCAAUAAAUUAUUUUGUAGUUAAGGUC